AUGGAUGAUGUGCUUAUCGAAAGAGUCCACGAGGAUGGAUGGUGGUUUUUGGUGGGUCUCUUCAAUAUGGAGGGAUUGCUCACUCUUCUUUCACUCUAUGGAAACAUUCUUCUAUUGUGGACACUGAAGAGAUAUUCCGUAUUUCAUGAUCAUUUGAGAGUGAUUUCCACGCAUUUCACUUUUUGCGUGAUCCUUGCUUCGGUCUACUCCUUAUUGCGCGCCUCAAUGGGGAUCUAUCACAUCUCAUUUCCACCAACAGAGGAUCCAAUCGAGAACGUGAAUCUCUCAUGUGAUCUCGCCGAGAUGAUCCCCUUUUCAUUAUGUCUUCAACUGUGUGUUCUCUCGAUUAUCUUGAGCGUUGAACGUUUCUAUGCUACUCUCAACUAUUCAAGAUAUGAGCAACAGAAUAUCGAGAGGCCAUUGAGAUAUAUUUUGUUUAUAACGUGGCUUCCCAUCGCCGUCCCACUCGCUCACAUCCUUUCCUCAGCCACUUCUCAUCAAUCCCUUCAACACUGUGCCAAACAAAUCUCCUCAAAAUCCCUUCUCGCCAGAAACAUUGGAGUCACAAUAGCUCUCCUUUGUGAAUUUCUCUUCACAGCUAUAUUUUGUGCGCUGAAAAUGUUGAACGGACAACGCCAGACUGAGUACAUUCAACAUCACUACAGAUCGUUGUCUACCAGAUUUCAAAUUGGGGAAAAUCUGCGCACUUGUGCUCUAAUGUCCUCGCUUCAUCUGCUGACAUUGAUUUUCUUUGUGACAGCGCUGUUGUCGGAUCUGCUGGUGACGGGAGAUCAAACAACAACAGAUAUAAGAAGGGAAUCCUCUCACAUUCUUCUUCCACUCUACACUUUCAUGUUUCCAAUCAUUUUCGUCGGCAAUGAUGCAAUGUUGAGAAGAAAAUAUAUGUUAGUGAUGCGAUCAUUCUUCUCAAAUUCUCCAAAAGAGAAAACAUUUGUCGACAAUGCC